GAUAAAAGAAAUAACUGCUUUUCUCUCCGACCAAGUGAUAUAAGUGACAAAAAUUCAUAACUAAGUUGUAUGCAUCUACAUGUACUUGGAUAUUUUUGGCGGUAUUCAUGAAAACGUUGUCCAAUAAUGAUGUUGCUUAAUAAGUAUCAUUCUUCAUACAAUGGAAGACUUUGAUAUUUAUUCUGACCUUCCAAAUAUACGCAUAGAGGAUACAGCAGCUGAUGAAACAAAAGCUGCCGAAAAAAGGGCAGAGUUGGAGGGAAGAAUUUUCAAUCUGCUGGAAACGGUCAAAAACCUUGAAAGUGAGAAAUUCCAGUUGGAAAAAAAUUUAUCAUCGUUGAUGAAAACAGCUAGAGAAGAAAUUGGCAGAAAAGAUCGUACUAUAUCUGAUUUAAGGGAAAAGGUUAAUAACUUAACAUUUAGAAGAAACCAUCGUAAUCAUGAAAAUCCAAAAUAUUCAUAUCAUAAUCGAUUUACACCAGAUGUGACAAAUUCACAAAGCUAUCAAAAAUCAUUUGAUACAGAAAAUCAGCAUCUACCACCAGAUUAUCCAAACCAUCACCAAUUAGAUAAAAAAAAUGUAUUACUGCAACAACCAUCGAUUGAUUUGCUGAGUAAUAACAAUUUUCGUGCUUCAACCACUGACAUAAAACCGAAAAAGGAAUUGUGUAAUAGUGAUGAUGAGUCAGAUGGCGAAUACAUAAAUAAAUCUAGUUAUAGAAGUACUGUUUAUGGUGAACGGCUGCGUAAAAAACUUGCUGAAGAAGCAAAGAAUGACAGAAAAAAAAAAGAAGAGGCAGAAAGUAUUAAGACAAAAUAUGAAGCUAACAUUAAAACAAAGAAUUUUGAUAAACAAGAAAUUGAAAGUGUGAAGAAUGAAGGGGCAACAGAAAUGAAUAAACAAAAAAUACAAGAAAAUCACAGCACAAAGCAGGAAGCAAGAAAUGAUGACAAAGAAGAAAGGCAAAUCAAAGGAGAGAAAGCUGAAACGAAAAGAAGUAUAAAGAAGGAAGUGAAGUUAAAUACAAAAACUGAUUUUGUUGGCAAUGUCAACAAUGUUAUAGAAAAUGUCGAAAGAGAAGUUUCCAGCAAUCUUAAAAAUAUCGAAAUUAAGAACAACGAUUUUUGUAGUAACAAAACUUUAGACAAAAAAGUCGAGUAUCAUGAGUCAAGAGCCCACCGAGACUCUUACCGACGACGAGAUUAUCAUGCUAGCCACCGUCAAUACCACCAUUAUAAUUCAGAACAAAAUAGUAAAUACGACAAAUUCAAAAAUUCUCAGUAUGAGAAAUCUCGAUAUUCAAAAAAUUUUGAUCACCAUAGGCCACGAAAUAGAGAAAAAAGUAAGAGUCCUUAUAGAACAAAAGAACGAUCCCGCCAUCAUAGGUCACGGCACAGAGACAGGAGUAACAGUACAGGUAGAAAUAGAAGCUUACGCUGUCAAGGAACACAAUACAAAGAAAGGAGUAUCAGCUGCGACAAAGUCACAUUAGGCUUGACACACGGUAGAUUGCCUAGUAAAGAAAGAAGUAACAGUUCAGACCGAAAUAAAGAAAACUAUUACGAUCAAAAAUCACACAGUUAUAACUAUAAAAAAGAAAGUAGAACUUUUGAUGGGUGCAGAGAAAAUUUGACGAGAAAUCACGAGCUACUGAAGAAAUCUCUUUCACCUCACGAAUUCAAGCCUCACAGCAAAGCUCAAGAAUAUGACAGUUUGGAAAAGCAAAAUAAUCUUGUCAAAAACUCAGAAAAAUAUAAAAUUCCGAAGGUAAAGCACCAAUCAAUUGCUGAAGACAAGACGAUAGAGCAAAACAAAAAAAGAAAAAGAAAUACUGUUGACGUUGUCGAUGAUAUAUUAGAAUUAAAAGAAGAAUUGAAAAUUCUUCCUGAAAAAAGGCAAAAAACACUUGAGAAUGGUGUAUUUAAAGAUAGUACAGAUUGUGCAAGCAGCAAAGACAAUGCAAACAGAUUAGAACCUAAUGACAAUAAGUUUCAAAAAAAAGAACAAAAGUCAAGUGAUACAGUUAAUGAAGUAACAAAUAACAUAAAUUUAACGGACCAAAAAGAAAAAGACAUAAAAAAGAUAACGGAAGUUCUUAUUAAUCAAAAUAGUGAUGAACUGGAAGAAGGAGAAAUAGAUGAUUCUUUAGAUUCUUUACCACAGCCCGAGUCUGCAGAUAAUAUAAACGUAAACUACAAAAUUAGUAGUAUAAAAUCUAUAGAAAGUAUUAUUACUGGCAACAUUGUUAAAAAUGACAUUGCUCUCGAAAAGCAUGAUGUUAUUUGCAAGAAAACAUCCAAAAAUAAUUUAAAAAACACCAUAGACAAUGUAGUAAAAAUUCAAGAUAAUACAAAGAAUGUUGAUCAACAGAUUUUCCCAUAUCCAAAAUGCGUGAAAAAAAGUGAAAAAAUUAUAAACGAUGUACUGGAAUCUGUACGUUCUAACAGUGAAAUAAACAAUUUAUCCAAUCAAUCCAAUGUUAAUCUUCAUCAAAACAUUGGCAAUAACGUGGAAGUUGAUGUACAUUUGGCAAAACACACAAAAAAUAUUAAAAAUAGUUUGUCGAGUGAGAAAGCUGAUCUUGAUAGUGAAAAAGGUGCUUUACCAUCAAAAAUAGAAAACAAUGCUUCAUCUUGUGAAUUUAAUCAUUAUCAUUGUAAAAAUCUCAAAACCGCCAUUGAAGAAGAAAUCAUCAGCAGACGGGAUAAUAUUCUGCAAAUCAAUCCAGAAAAUAUUUUAAAAAGUACAUCUCCAUGUGGCAUAACUGAAAGCUUGAAAUUAGAAAAUGAAAAAGCAUGUCCAAAGUUAGUACAUUUGGUUGAUGAUAAUAAAAAAGAUACUAAACUAUCAUCAAAACACCUUAAACUCCAAGUUUUCUAUGGGAAGGCAAAAGAAAAACAAAGCAAAGAACAAACUAUCAAAAAGACAAAAGAUGGAAAGUUAGAAAUAAUUUAUUCAAAGCCUGUAAAAGUGGACACUAUUGUAAAAAAUAAAAAAGUGAAAAAAGUGGUAAACAUAAAGCAUGAUCAAAAGUCUCCAAAAAAAUAUGUUGAUACUAAAGAUGAUUGUGUUGUAGUUGUGAAGAAAAAAAUUAUCAAGAAAGAUUUAAAACAAGGAAAAACUACAGAAUCAAAACAAUCGGAAUCCGUAGACAAUAACUGUGCAGUAAAACAAAGUCUUACAAAGAUUUCUUCUGAAAAAGGAAAUGACAAAGAAAUGUUACUCCUACCAGUCAAAAUUGAAGCUGAUGGUAAAAUAAACAUGGAAAAAUGUGUAAAAAAGGUAUCCAAGAAAGUUAAAGGUACGGGAGCAAAAGUGGAACGAAUCAAAUCUAAGGUAAAUGAAGAUAAAGAAAAAGAACAAUUUGUGGAAAAAACUUUAAAACAUAAGGAAUAUCAAGAAUCACUAGAAAACUGUUCUAAAAUUAAAGAUGACCAUGCCAAAGACAACAAAAAAAAUGUAGAAAAAAACUCAAACCUCAAGAGAGAUUUAGAAAUAAAUCCAAUUGAGUUUAUAGAUCCUUGUAGUAUUGCAGUUGAAGAAAAAGGUUUUGAAAAUAGAAAAGAUACAGAAUCACUACCAGAUCCUACUAAUCUUGAAAAUUUAAAAAACAAAAAAGUUAUUAAAAAAGUUGUGAAGAAGGUUCUCCAAAAAGAAAAAUAUACAGGCUGUAAAGAACAACAAAAAAAACUUGAAAUUGAUGAAAUCGAAGAAAAUAACAUAGUGCCAAAAACUCUAGAAGACAUGAAGCAGAAUUCGGAAUCACCAGAAAAGCGUACGAAAAUUGAAGAUAAUUACACAAAAACAAAUGAAAAAAUUGUAAUGGAAAUAUCAAAGAUAGGGAAAAACAUAGAAUUAAAAACAAAGCAAAUUGAACUGGCCAAUAUUGGCCCUAAAACAAAAGAAAAAGUUUCUAAAAAAGUAAAAAUAUUACAACAAAACCAAGUUGAACUAAAAGCUGAUGCUAGUAAUACGAAACGAAAAAUUUUGAUCAAAACACCUGUAAAAAAGAAAAUCACGCAACUGGAAGAUGAUCGAAACGGCUGUAAAAUUAAUGAUACGAGUGUGGAAAAUAUAAGUCAAACCUCGAAUGAUAUUAUAUUGCUGGUUAAACGAACCAAAAUGAAAAAUGACCGCAGUAACAUGAAAGAUAAGAAUUCAAAUCAAGUACUGAUGAGUAAGAAAGAUCUAGAAUUGGAAAUAAAUCAAACUAAUUUUAAAGUUGAUAUUUCUAAUACAAAAGAAGAAUUUGUAGAAUCUGUUUGUAAUCAGGAAAAUGGCAUUGAUUCCACCAUUGAAAAAAAUAUUUCAAGGAAAUUACCAUUAAAACCGUUCAUUGAUUCAGAAGUGUCCGAAGCAGAAACUUCAAAAAUUACCUCAAAUAAAAAAAAGCCAGUGUUGAAUCGAUUGCCAAAAAAUGCUAAGAAUGUUAUUGUGUUUAAGCGUCGCAGAAGGCCAGUGCAAUUGUCUGACAGUCCACCAACUAUUGUCGUUGACGAAAGUGGUAAAAAACUAAUGUAGUUCACUAGU